AUGGUAGGCCCACAAGACGACGACACAAGGAGGGCUAGGCGCCGGGGAUCCUACAGCGAAUGGAUCGAAGAGCGGCCACGCAAAUCUCGUGGCAAUGAAAGGGUCACACUCGAACCAGAAGAUUCGGGGCGCCGCAGGAUUAGGGUAGAAAAGCUCGAGCGCAGCACUUCAACCGACCGAACUGCAGCAACCCCGAAGAUGACCUCGGAGUCUCACACGACGUUGCCGAGUCAGAAUUGCUCGUCAGCACGCAAGAGCAAGAGGGAGAACCGUCGGAGUCCGGAGCAUAGAGUUCAUCGAAGACGAAGACGGUCGAGUUCGAGAGAUCGCUCGCCCAUACGCCCCUCGAGUAAGUCGCAGCCGAUUGUCGAUCGAACAGUAGAUACUGCGAAGCUUGGUUCGGAGGAUGAGUCUAGUGAGGAGGAGGAGAUGGAGAGACCUACACGGAUAGAACACAUCGAGGAUCGACCAAGGAGGCGGAAGGUUAAGGUUGUAUACGUUACGGAAGGAGGGUAUAGCUCCUCAAGACACAAAGACCGGGGGGUAGGAGGAGGCAAACGAUCGGGACAUAUUCCUAGAGAAGAUGAUCCUCUGCGGAGGUUAAGGACUCAACCUCCUCGUCGAAACUCCAUUGCUGAGGCCCCAUCCCCUUCAUUAUCCAGGAGGGCCCCCUCCACGAGAGAACCAGCUUCUAUGUCUCGAUCCAGUCUUAGGAGAAGCCAUACUAUCAGUGCACAUGUACCACCUGUCAAGGAAUAUAUACCAUCCUUAACCACUGCGAGUGCAAACACCGCUAGACGGUCAAAUUUCUUGGGCAGUUUCUUUGGGCGUCCUCCUCCACAGCAUCACGAGCCUGAAAGAUUGGUCGAAUGCUUAACAUGUCUCUCUGAUGAUAUACCGAGAUCUAAGUCGGCGAAGCUGAAGUGUGGGCACCGUAUGUGUCAUCCGUGUUUGAGACGUAUUUUCAAACUAUCCGUUACCGACCCCCAACAUAUGCCGCCAAAAUGCUGCACCUCAGACCAUAUUCCUCUUAAACAUGUCGAUAGACUAUUUGACAUAAAUUUCAAGAAGACGUGGAACAAGAAAUUUCAAGAGUAUUCUACUAAAAACCGAAUUUAUUGUCCUGCUCGACGAUGUGGCGAGUGGAUCAAGCCUCAGAAUAUCCACAAGGAGGAUGGGAAGAAGUACGGGAAGUGCAGUCGCUGCAAGACUAAGGUCUGCUGUUUGUGUAACGGCAAAUGGCAUGGUUCCAAAGAUUGUCCGAAGGACGAAGAAACCAACAAACUUCUGGAAACUGCCAAACAAGCUGGUUGGCAGCGGUGUUAUAGCUGCAGGACCAUGGUUGAGCUCAAAGAAGGCUGUAAUCAUAUGACUUGUCACUGUACGGCAGAGUUUUGUAUGAUAUGCGGGGUCAAGUGGAAAUCUUGCAAUUGUCCAUGGUUCAAUUACGACGCUGUGGAGGCAGACCAUUUGCAACAUAUGCAAAUUCCUCAGCCAGUCGAUAACCAAUACGCACCUGUCCAACGGCCUCGGGAGCGGGAGCGGCUUCGACGACCACGACCAAAUACUUACAAUGAAGAAAUAACCCAGCGCCGACGACAAGAGCGAACGGAUGAACAGCUUGCGCGUCGUCUACAGACCGUCUCAAUUAAUGACGAUGAUGAUUACCAAGGUGGUAUAGGUGAUAUUCAUGGCGUCGGGAAUGGCGCAGAUCAUUUCAUGAAUCAGGAUUAUAUCAGAGCGGCCCAAAACAUUCUCACAGGGACCUUUGAUCAAGCUACUGCAGCUGCCAACCAUGUUAUGGGCGGAGGACAAGCACGGGGCGGGCCUCCACGACCGCCGCAGGCCGCACGCCCGAUGGUUGAACGAUAUCCGGCGCCUCGUCCAUCUAUGAGAACUCCAUCGCCGCCUCCGAUUUUGAGACGCCAUACAAUGGCGGAGCAUGCAUAUAAUACUGCUCCAAGCACUCGACGCUCUGAGAGGGUUGUGCCUAGGCGGACGAGAACCGACUAUGCGAGCGAGGCCGCUGUCCAUGCUCCACUGACGAGAACUCCUGAGCGUUCCUCGUCUUCACGCUCGCCGAGGCCAUCAGUUCUUGCUGGGCUCGGUGGCGCUAGAAAGGGGAAUAACCGCGUGGAUGCGUGGAGAACUUAUGUAGAAGCAGGUGUCACCCCCGAGGAAGGGGUAGUCCAGAACAGCUCCACGAUAGCUCUCCGGGCAGCGUUCGUCCAUGGGCCCUACACCCUCUACACCGCCGCCUACCCAUUCACAUUCAAUCCGAACGAGAAGUUAGAGAAUCCCCGCGCUACCGGCGUGCCUGAAUUUGAACCGAAUCUCAAAGCAGGGGGGACGUUUACUACUCGGCUUGCGGUUCCCGAAGAUGUACGCCAAACUGCGGGGAGUGCGGGUAGCCAUGGAAGGCGGUUUGAGGGAGAAGGACAAAUCCAGGAUGUCAAGAGCAUGAGUUGGGUUAUUGAGGUUUCAAGCCAGAUUAUAUUCUCCGCAUCUGCGGCGGUCCAUUACGAGAUUCUGCUGGGAAGGGAUGCGAAGAGUUUGACUCUCGGGUUUGCGAAUCAAUUAGCAGGGGGGACUUCUCCUACUCAGGCGCCCGGGCAAGUCAGUGACCAUCAGCAAAGUCAGAGAGCGAAGGAUGGGCAUCAUAAUGCGCAGCCAAAAGGUGUCUAUUCGAAAGCUAUUACGCUAAGAGUGGAUGAUACGGCGAGUCUCUGGAAUACACCUAAAUUAAUAGAACGGUCUGAUGAGGGGAAGGAAAGGGUGAAAGAAAUACACGGACCUAAAUCCGCCGAUAUCUCCGAGGAGAAGAGUGAUAAGGAGGGCUCUCGGCGAAAGAGACAGAAGAAAGUUCAUUUAGUUGUUUUGACACAUGGCCUCCAUGGUAAUCUGGGGUCCGAUAUGCUGUACAUGAAGGAAAGCAUAGAUGCUACAGCCAAGCAGGCGAAGAAAGACGCUAGAGCUCGCCGAGCAAAGAAGAGGAAAGAUGGACAGGCAAAUGCAGCAAAGGAAGGGGAUGGGGGUGAAAAUCCUUCUACUGUGGAGACACGGAAUUAUGAGAGGGGAGCGAAAGAUCCUACCGACGCACAAGAUGACAAUGCCAGUGAAGAUGAAGAUGAAGACGAAGAAGAAGUCGUCGUUAGAGGCUUUUUUGGCAAUGCCACUCGAACAGAAAGAGGUAUCAAAUACCUGGGAAAACGCUUGGCAAGAUAUGUUUUGGCUAUGACAUACCCUGAGCAGCCAUAUCGGCCUACGACUAAGAAGACUGCUGGGGAGGCUAUUUCUCAUGCCCUCAGACCGGCGGGUUCGGCAGCCACAGAGGAGGGAGGAGUUCCAACCCAUGGCCACAGCACCGUCUACAAGGAUCGACAGCCGGACCAGCAUUUGCCCUACAAGAUUACAAGCAUCAGCUUCAUUGCCCAUUCUCUUGGUGGCCUCGUGCAAACGUAUGCCGUUGGGUAUAUUCAAAAACACUCUCCGCAGUUUUUCGAUAUCAUCAAACCAAUUAAUUUUAUUGCUCUUGCUACACCGUUCUUGGGACUGAGCAAUGAGAACCCUCUGUAUGUCAAGUUCGCACUAGACUUUGGCCUAGUCGGUCGCACCGGCCAAGAUCUUGGAUUGACAUGGCGGGCUCCAACAAUUGCUCGAAGUGGAUGGGGGGCAAUCGUAAGUGGAAUGGGCGACACUACCAACAAUUCUGAGAGCCAUCCGGAAUCAAAGCCGCUGCUUCGAAUUUUGCCUAGUGGCCCUGCGCACAUCGCGCUGGAAAAGUUUCGAAAUCGAACGGUCUACUCUAAUGUUGUGAAUGAUGGGAUCGUGCCUUUACGUACAAGCUGUUUAUUAUUUCUGGAUUGGCAGGGUCUUGGGCGUGUGGAGAAAGCGAGAAGAGAGAUUGGGCUAGUUGGCACGCUCGCUGACUGGGGCUGGGCUGAACUCACUGGUCAAAACACAGUUUCGCCACGAGGUCGCCCAUUCAGGGAAGACACCGGGGAUUUCAGCGAUAAUGAGAUUCAGGGCGAGAAUACUCCCACAAGAGAGGGUCAUGGGGAGGAAGUGCCUCAACCGGCUCCGACUGCCACUGAAGAUGAUAACCGAAGCCUAAAGAGCUUUACCCACGCCCGUCCUACCUCAGCAAUAUCUUCCACUGGGAGCGACGAUGGCCCUUCUAAGCCGCAAGCAUCAAACAAUGAUAGCGCCUUCGCAAGCAUCGUCAAAUUCUUCCAACCUAACCCAGUGCCCAAACAACCAACGCCCAAACAACCAGUGCCCAAACAACCAGUGCCCAAACCACCAGCGCCCAGAUCACCACCCGAAUCCCCAAAACGUAACAAUAUUUUCAAACGUAGCCAAACCCUCAGUGUCAAGAGUGAGGACUCUAUACAGCCUCUCUCAGACCAAGAACCAGCCGUAAAGAAGGGUAAUGGAAAGGCCACAAAUGGAGACUCUGAUCGCGAAGAUUCCGAGCGUAUGUCAGCCCCUCCGAAAACAACGUUCUUCGAAGCUGCAGGAGAUCUACUCAAGCCUCCUCUGCCAUCGGUGGAAUUUUUGAUCAAUCCGGAGUCACGGCCACGGACCAUUUUCCACGACCGCAUUUACCAUCCAGCUGAUAUUCCUCCUCCACCUCUUAAGAAACGCGCAACCAACUCGAUCUUAACCCGCCGUUCUACGUCUAGUAAUUUCCUGUCGCCCGGUUCUAGUACUCCAAGUAUCACUCCUGCCGCGAGCGACUUGUCAUCCCGCGACUACGAUGAUACCAGGAAUACCAAUCCGGACAAAGACCCUAGGGACGUUAUAGAUGGUAGCGCGAUGAAAGUCGAGGAGAAGAUUGCCCGGGCAUACCACCGUGACUUAUCCUGGCGGAAGGUUCUGGUGAGAUUAGAACCCGAUGCCCACAACAACAUGAUCGUGCGGCGAAUGUUCGCCAAUGCAUAUGGCUGGCCGGUCGUCAAGCACCUCUGUGAUACGCACUUCAGCGAUUCAGCAGCGGCCAACACCCGAGAUGCGGAUGAGUCUAAUGAAGAGCGCGCCAAAGCGCCGAAUGAGGCACCGGAUAUCCAUGGUAAUGAGACGACGUAUAAUGAAGUAGAGAUACCGAGGCUAGAAAGUCAUAAUCGCACUGACUCCGAAGCCCUCGAAGCAACGGAUGAUGUUCCAGCUCUCAACUCAGCACCCAAGCGCGCCCAUUUAAGCAGAGCAAUCGCGAAACCGACUGGUCAUGAUAGAUCGGGGAACGAGAGUGAAGGGUGGAGCGAGAGAGAUUGGGUUGAUAGUGCGGAUGAUAGUGAUGAGUUUGAAGCGCCCUCGCCGCAGCGCCACAAAAAAACUACUUCGGUUGAUGGCAAGAAAGAGAGGGGUUGGAAUUGGACUGAGGCUAUUGCUGGGAGAGGAGCCCCAAGCCCAAAGGGUACGGGCAAGGCAGAUAUUGAUAGCUUCCUUGGGAAAGGGAAGGGCAAAGUGAAGGAUAACGAUAGUUCAAGCAAAGAUCCCCGUACAGACAGUCGAGCCGCGGCUGAGAGCGUAUCCAGACCAGAUCAACCAAGUCCCGAUCUGGAUGGGGCAGUGGAAUCUCCCAUCGCACCGGCAAGUGGUAAGUAA